AUCCAAUAUAAACUACUUUUACCUCCGUACUUCACGGAUGACGCAAAGCAUGUGAAAUAGGACGUAAUGAUGACGCUGGGUCCGUGCACUCAUUUCGCUGUGUAGGACCUUGCGGGGCCUCAUCUUUUCAAUGUGUGAACAAUGUAUGUAUAGGAAUUGCCGUAGUUCUGCUGAUAGGACGAGACACCUCGCAUGAAGUAAGUUUCUAUAUAUGGGCAUUACUUGCAACUGGAGCCGCUGCAAGAGCGAGUGGCCGUUUGAUUUCCGGGCCGGCGACGUAAUUCAUGGCAAACAACGGUAGGAUAAAUAUAGCCAGCUGAAUGUAGCCAAUAUAAUACCAUUUGAAAACUUUUCUGUGUCAUCAUUUGGGGAUUUUAAAUUGUAAACAAUCACGGACGCACCAGUAGAGGAUGUAGGAGAGUCCGCAGUUCUCCAAGGAAGAACAAUCUCCUGCUACCCACCACUUCGCACUUGUCUUGCUCUCUAGCUAGCAUCUGUCACUACUAUUUGGUUACACAACCAUCUCCUAUGCAAAACAGUAACACGUGUCUCAGCAUGGUGUAAAAAAAAGCCGUGUUUACCUCAGCAAAACAACACAGAACACUAUGGAUAUGUAAUCGACAGAAUCGUCUCAAAAAAGAGGAUGAAAAGAACAUGAUUACCACCGAUGGCCUCUCUAAAUGCGAGGCGACACGGCGCAAGACGGGGAAAAGGCCACUGGGGGAGAUGCUGCACCUUCUGUCCGCUGUCAUUGUCUGGCUUGUGACGGGGACAACUAUCUCCAGUCUUAACAAAUGGAUAUUUGCAGUGUACAACUUCAGGUACCCCUUACUGCUAUCGGCCCUGCACAUGUUGACAGCAAUAGUGGUGGACUUUUGGCUUAUUAAACUUCGAAUGCUCCAGCACAAAGGCGGUGUUGACAAGCAUAAGGACCUUACCAACAGCGCCAAAUGGAAGGUGUUUCUAUUGAGCUUGACAUUUUGUGCCAGCAUUGCGUUUGGUAACGUGGGUCUGAACUAUGUCCAGCUGUCAUUUGCCCAAAUUAUCUACACCACCACGCCAAUCUUCACCCUGGCGAUUUCCACCCUUAUCUUGGGCAAGCAGCAUCACAUCCUCAAAUACACGGCCAUGAUGCCCAUCUGUCUGGGGGCCUCGUUCAGCAUCAUGGGCGAGGUCCAGUAUGACCAGACUGGUUGCUUCUUCGUUUUUGCUGCAACAAUGUUGAGAGGUGUCAAAACCAUCCAGCAAAGUAUCUUGCUCCAGGAGGAGAAGAUCAACUCUGUGUUCCUGCUCUACCUGAUGUCCAUCCCCAGUUUCUGCAUCCUGGCCGUAGCUGCUCUGGCCCUGGAGAACUGGGCCGUGCUAGAGUCUCCAAUGCAUUAUGACCACAACUUGUGGCUCUUCAUCCUGCUCAGCUGCCUGGGCUCUGUCAUGUACAACCUGGCCAGCUGCUGCGUCAUAACCCUCACCUCCGCCGUCACCCUGCACAUCCUCGGCAACCUGAGCGUGGUGGGCAACCUGCUGCUCUCCCAGCUGCUGUUCGGCAACGAGAUGUCAGCGCUCAGCUGCGUCGGCGUGGCACUCACACUCUCCGGCAUGCUCAUCUACCAGAACUCUGAAUUUAUCUCAGACUACAUGGACGCACGGCGAGACAAAGCCAGGGCGCUCAUUCGUGGGAGGGAGGAGGACAUCGCUGGCCCAUCACAACCCCCCCAAGACCAGCAGGGGAGCAGGGAUGCUGAAGGCAAGCGAGAGGACAAGAGAGACUGAGAGAGGAGGAGGAUAGGAGUUGGACUGUUUACAGCAACCCUGUUGCUUAGUUAAGUCAGGUGGUUCUGUGGAGAGGAUCAGGAGAUGGGCUUCAACCUCAUGAGGUCAUAGUUGAUGAUGACAUGAGUGACAGAACUUGUUUGUUGGGUCGUUUUUACCUCUUCACUGUGCCAAUGUAUUUAUUUCUGCCAUGGUCUCAUAGAAGUCAGUCUAGGCCAGCUGACACAAAAUCUGAUGCCUUUCUGAAAGUGACAGUUGAGUUUUCACUGUUCUAAUACCCAUACGUGCACACAUCCUGGUAUAUGCAUGCAUGAGCACACAAUGUGAUAUAUCUCAUGAGGUGUCGCUCUCACUACUCCACUGUGAAAAUGUUCAACAUGAGUGAGUGCUCAAUGGGAUGUUGGGAGGGAAGGACUAGGAACACCUAUAGAUGGGCACAAAUAAAAUAAAAAUAAGCAUGGUACUGUUACCUAUCCUUCCCCUGGUCUUGUAUCAGUGUGAAUGAGGUUUCCUGGCAGCUUUUUAUGUGGUGGAUCUUAAUAUGGGGGGGUGUAGCAUUUGUUCUAGUGCUAUAGCUUUUGUCUAGAUGACGUUUACAUUGGUGGAGACAUGCAAGCUAACAGGGUCGGCAUAUAAUUUCUGUUGGCUGUUUGUAGGCAUGGAGGUCAGUGAGCCACACUGUUAAUCUACUGCAUGGUGAAGCGCAGAUCUGAGGCAAGCACUUUGUCCUGCUCAGCGACCUCUUAUUGCAUUUCCUCUUAAUAAAAGGAACCUAUUAUAAUCAGUUUAAUAACCUCCAACCUGAACAGCAGUUAUCACUGCAGAAAACCUCUAUUAUUAGGCCCAUUCACUCUAAGGAGUCUCACUCAUCUUUAGUACAGUUCUUUUCUUCUGGGAGAGAUCAUAAAAAGGAUUUCAUGAUCCUCCUUCCUGCCGCUCCUGGGCCGAACAGAAAUGAAACCUGGCAGAGUAGACAUGUCUCCACUCAGAGGGUGCCUCUAUUUUUAACCUUUUACGUUUAGUCUCCCUUAACCUCUGCUGGACAGUGUUAUUGUAACUCCCAUUACAAUACAUUUUAAUAUUUAUUAAGACAUUUUAGUUUUGUUUAUUUUUCUUCUGCUUUUUGAAGUGGGUAAGGGACAUUGCUGUUUUAUAGGUCUUAGAAAGGACAACGGAUGUUUUAGUUUUGCCAUCUACGUAAAAAAAAAAAAAACAUGUAAUUUGAAGUUUGAAAGCACUUACGGUAUCUUGUCUAUAGCAGGGUUUCCCAAAGUUGGUAAUUGACUUCUUGGUUUAGCUUCUGUUCAGCCUCGGAUAGACACUGGACAACAAAGUUGCUCUCUAAUGGGAAAUGGUUAUAUAUAUUUUGUUACCCACCUGUUCUUUUUUCCCCUAAUAUGUUGCCAUAUGCACAGCAGUAGAGACAGAAUGAUUUGUUGCCAGCCUCGACCUGAUAACAGACGUUGGAAUGAAGAUCAGAUUCAUGCCAGUCACCCAUUUGUUUUAACAUUCAAGAGGGUCUUGUUAUUGAUGUUAGUUUAAAUACCUCAGUCUUCAACAUGGCUUGUUAAAGACCAUUUGUUUAAUGACUUAUGUAAGUUAGCAGUUGAAGAGAGAUCAAGCAGCUGAAAGCAUGUCUGCCCACAACCACGGUUUGUCAACUGUUUAUAAUCUGUUAAAUUGCCUACUGUUUUUAAAAGCCAAUUUGGUUUAGUACCUUUGGAUUGACAAUGAGGGCUUUUCAAUCACACAGCCCUUAGAAUAUAUAUAUAUGACUAUACCAGCUUCACAGAUCGUAGUUUGAUUUGUUCAUACGGAGUUAUCUUUGAGGGUGGGGCAAAGCUCAUAUUGCACUGCCGAGUUUUGGAGAUGCUGCCUUUACAGCAUCGGGCUCAUGUGUAUGUACUGUUUUUGAUGUCUGCAAAAGUUAAAUGUAAAUCAUUGUAUUAUAUUAAUGUAUUUUACAAUCAUGGCUGGCUCAAAUAUAUACUGGUUCAAGAA